GGCCCCGCCCACCACCAGCGUUUCCGGCUCGGCCCAGGAAGCUUCCGAGUUUCUGGCCACUGCUCUUCUGGCCGACCAUUUCGCCAACGUUUUUUUCAGCUUUUUCGGUUGUGGGGAAGGUAGCUGCCAAUAAAGUUUCCCCUUUUCAAAGUCUGGCGGAUUGGCCGGGCUCAUCCUCUGUCCCCUUGCUUAUUGCCCGCAGUCUUUCUAGGCUACUGGCAAGGAGCUUUAAGGUGUCAUGGCCAGGGGCCGAUCGGGCCCGGCCGGUCUGAGGCCAACUUCGGUUGCCCGCGGGCUCUCAUGGCUUUUGGUCCCGCCGGCGACCCCCUCAGCGUGAGCGCAGUCCCUCCACGCCCGCGGGCCGCCUUGCGCAAGACUCCAUGGCCUCCGAGGCUCCGUCGCCUUCGCUGUCGCCGUCGUCACCACCCUCCCCCGAGCCUGAACUGGCCCAGCUGAGGCGGAAGGUGGAGAAGUUGGAAUGCGAGUUGCGGAGCUGCAAGCGGCAGGUGCGGGAGAUCGAGAAGCUGCUGCAUCACACGGAGCGGCUGUACCAGAGCGCAGAGAGCAACAACCAGGAGCUCCGCACCCAGGUAGAAGAGCUCAGUAAAAUACUCCAUUGUGAGAGAAACGAGGAUAAUAAAAAGUCUGAUGUAGAAGUACAAACGGAGAAUCACCCUCCUUGGUCAAUCUCAGAUUAUUAUUAUCAGACAUACUAUAAGGAUGUUAGUCUUCCAAAUAAAGUGACUGAACUCUCAGUUCACCAAGAUCAGGAUAUCGAAGCUUCUACUUUUAAUUCUGAAGACCAGUCACAAGUAGAAAAUGAUGCUUACGCUGGUACUGAUAUAACAGAACAUGUUAAAUGUACGGAAGACCAUUUUGCCUCAGAUUCACAGGAGCCAGCGUCCGUAUUAGCAACAGAAGAUACAUCCUUAGAAGGUUCCUCUUUAGCUGAAAGUUUGAGAGCUGCAGCAGAAGCUGCAGUGUCUCAGACUGGAUUUAGCUAUGAUGAGAACACCGGACUGUAUUUUGAUCACAGCACCGGCUUCUAUUAUGAUUCUGAAAAUCAACUAUAUUAUGAUCCUUCCACCGGAAUUUAUUACUACUGUGAUGUGGAAAGUGGUCGAUACCAGUUUCAUUCUCGAGUUGAUUUGCAACCUUAUCAGACUUGUGGCACAAAACAAAGUAAGGAUAAAAAAUUGAAGAAGAAAAGAAAGGAUCCAGAUUCUUCUAUAACAAAUGAGGAAAAGGAUUUGAAUUCAGAAGAUCAAAAAGCAUCCAGUGUUGAACAUAUAGGCUGCAGUGAGGGAGAAGAUUUUGCAAAUGUGAAAAAGAAAGCCAAAAUGGACAUUCAUUACAAAAACAGUCCCACCAAAUUCACUGUUCCAGUUAGUGGAAAGACUGUAGCAUCUUCUCUUAAUGAAAACAUUUAUAAUUCAAUGUCAUUUAAAGAUGAGAAAAUCGUGGAGACUGAUAGUGAGCCAGAAGAAGGUGAAAUUACAGACUCUCAGACAGAGGACAGUUAUGAUGAAGACAUUACCAGUGAGGACAAUGUAACUGCAGAAGAUACUGAGGAUGAAGAUGAGGAAAAAAUUUGGCCCCCAUGUAUUAGAGUAAUUGUUAUUAGAUCACCAGUGUUGGAGACAGGAUCACUUUUUAUCAUUACAGCUGUUAAUCCUGCUACAAUUGGAAGAGAAAAAGAUAUGGAGCAUACUCUCCGAAUCCCUGAAGUUGGUGUUAGUAAGUUUCAUGCAGAAAUUUAUUUUGACCAUGACUUACAAAGUUAUGUCCUUGUGGAUCAAGGUAGUCAAAAUGGUACAAUUGUUAACGGAAAACAGAUUCUUCAGCCUAAAACUAAAUGUGACCCUUAUGUACUUGAGCAUGGUGACGAAGUGAAAAUUGGAGAGACUGUACUGUCCUUUCACAUCCACCCUGGCAGUGAUACCUGUGACGGCUGUGAACCAGGACAGGUUCGAGCUCACCUUCGUCUUGAUAAGAAAGAUGAAUCUUUUGUUGGUCCAGCACUAAGUAAGGAGGAAAAAGAGUUGGAAAGGAGAAAAGAAUUAAAGAAAAUACGAGUAAAAUAUGGUUUGCAGAAUACAGACUAUGAAGAUGAAAAGGCAUUGAAGAAUCCAAAAUAUAAAGAUAGAGCUGGAAAACGUAGGGAGCAGGUUGGAAGUGAAGGAACUUUCCAAAGAGAUGAUGCUCCUGCAUCCGUUCACUCUGAAAUUACUGAUAGCAACAAAGGUCGGAAGAUGUUGGAGAAGAUGGGUUGGAAGAAGGGAGAGGGCCUAGGGAAGGAUGGUGGAGGAAUGAAAAUUCCGAUCCAGCUUCAGCUUCGGCGAACACAUGCAGGCUUGGGGACAGGAAAACCAUCCUCAAUUGAAGACAUUCACCUUCUCCAAAACAAGAGCAAAAAGAACUGGGAGAAAGCACGCGAGAGGUUUGCCGAAAACUUCCCAGAAACUAAAUCUCAAAAAGAUGUGCCAGCGACCGUCCCUUGGGUCAAAGGGACUGUAGAAUGAAUGUCAGUCAUAGAACACAAUUCAAGCUUUUUUAAAAGAGUUUGGAAACUCUUACUUUAUUGCAAAAGUUUUCCCUCCAAAAGAGUCCGUAACAUGAGGGAACUGUAUCACAAUUUACCCCCUCAUGAUUCAGAAAUGUGUAAUAAAGGGUGGUUUGCAGCUUUUAAAAAACAUUUUUUUUAAACUAAUAAAUAGUAACUGAAUUAGAUUAUGCUGUGAGCAAACUAAAGUUCACAGGGCACGGCUGAGUUUAUCAGACUUUGUUAUUUUAUCUUGUCAUUUAUAAGACCCAUAUAAGCAAAAUUCAUAUAACCAGUAAUUUUAAAUGUACAUUUGUCCUUGUCUCCAUAUAUUCAUCAUUAUAAGAUAUACAACAAGAGAAACAUCGGAAGUUUAUAAAAACAAGUAUGAUUACAAGCAUCCUUGUUUAUGCCCUUUAGAACCUAGGUGGAAAAUGUUGAGAAAACAGGGGUAGUGGUGCAUAAAUUUUAUUCCUAAAAUAUCCUAAGUAAUAUUGUUGAAGAACUAAUGAACAGGUGAUAUGUUAUAGAAAAUUAGUCUUUCAUUGUUUUCUUCUGUGAAGAAUUUGUUGGUUUGUACUAUACAAUAAGCAUUUACACUUGGUUUGUUUUAUAGCUGAAAUAUUUAGAUAUGAGCAAUUGAGUACAGUAUUGAAAUAUUCCAUGUGCUGGCAUUUAUAGUUUUGAUAAAUCCCAUUGCUGGCAAUGGAGUUGUGCCAGAGAAAUCUGAUUUCUAUUGCAAAAGGAUUGCGUAGCCCAGGCCUCAAACUCAAGAUAUUUAUUGAAAAUGUCUUCAAAUGCAAUAAAAACAUUAUAAUCAUAAUAUCAAAAAGAGUGAUUCAUUGAACCAAUGUUUUAAAUAUAUUGGUCUGCUUUGAACUCACGACCAGCCAGAAUUUUCUCUUUAAAUUGGCAGAGUAGUAACAACAGGAGAACUUCAAAUAUUGGAGGACUGCAGUGCAGCUUUCUGAGUGCAGAUGGCCCUGCCCUGCCAGUUAUCACUGUUCUUUUCCUCUCCAUUUAACUUCUGUCUCAGCUUUUUGCUGGGAAAUUAUUGCUGGGACUUUCUCUUUCCUGGCAGUGAAUAUCAGCUAUAGCUCCCCCCUCAUCUACUAUAAAGAAAUAUCUUCAAGAUUUAGAAAUAGGAAAAGAAAGUUCUGAAAAAAAGUAUGUAAUGGGGAAGAUAAUUCAGGAAGAAAGACGCCCUGUUGGAAUUUCUACUCUGGAUGGUACAGGGUACUUAGGAAGAAAAGAGGAGUGUGGGGAAAGAAAAAUAAAUUUAUUACAAAAGAUGGGACAUAUGACCAAACAAGUUGUCAAGACCCUACAGGCCUAAACUGGGAUAAUCAGAGGCCCUAUAACUCCAGAUCUGCAAAAAGUCAUUUUCUGUAUUGUUUCUAGCCACCUGCACAACCCAGCACUUCUUUAUGUACAUUAGACUUGAAGGCAACAGAAGUGUUCUGCAUUAUUUUCUCUAAAAUAGAAAACAAAAAUUUACAUGUGUUUCUGGCACUUGGGCCCUGUAUAUAGGUAACAGUAUAGGAGGCCCAAAGUAGAAUUGUGGUAGAUUUUACUCACUGAGUAAAGUACAACUGUGUAUAUAAUAUUUCCCAUUUUUAUUAUUAGAUUGUAGAAAACUUUUUUCAUUGCUUUCUUUUGUUAAGAAAAUGGAGACUUGAAAAUGGUGAUAAAAAUGGAAAUAUAUGUGACAUUUAUGUUAUUAAAACCCUUUGCAAAUCUAAAGUCUCAGGGCUAUACUAUAUGGUAGAUAAAGGACUGAAUAAUGUCUAAGUCUAUUUCCAUCUGUGAAAUAAGAAUAAUAUUUAUCUCACGUGUCUGUCUUGAAUAGAAAAUGAGAAAAUGUAUAUAAAAGCAGUUUGUACACUGUAAAAGUACAGAGAUGUGAGCUUCUGUUUGUUUAGAAGCGUAGAUGUGAAUUAUGUAGUUUGGAUUACACAUAAAAUUGUUUUGUGUCUCAUAUUUUAAAUUAUAUUCACACAGUGUAAAUUAAUUAUGGUAGCCUUUAAGGGUUUAUUUUUUUAUUUUAUUGAAAAAAACUUUUUUUACAUUUAUUUAUUUUUGAGAGACAGAGAGGACAGUACGAGUGGGGGAGGGGAAGAGAGAAUGAAACACAGAAUCCGAAGCAGCCUCUGGCCUCUGUGCACUGUCAGCACAGAGCCUGAUGCGGGGCUAGAACUCCUAAACCCUGAGAUCAUGACCUGAGCCGAAGUUGGAUGCUCAACCAACUGAGCCACCUAGGCUACCCAAAGGUUUAUUUUAAGUGGAGCUACAAGUUGCUGAAUUCUUUUUGCCAGAACAUGAGAAGCUGGUGAAAUUUGAGAAGAGAAGAAACCGUCAACAUUAGAGUAAAAUAAAGAAAUUAUUUUGUAGAAUUAAAUAGCUAGGUAGCUCUUUUUCCUCAUAAUGACUUUUCUCCCUGCUUUUAAAAGUUUUUACUUGUGAUGUUUCAUUUUUAUUCUGUUCUGAACUUAAUGAAAAUUAAUGGCUCGCCCAAAUCAAACACCUUCCAACUUUUCAUGUUAAAGAUUAUUUCUUAGGGGUGCCUAGGUGGCUCAGUUGGCUAAGCGUCUGACUUUGGCUCAGGUCAUGAUCUCAUGGUUAGUGAGUUUAGGGCCUGCAUUGGGCUCUGUGCUGCCAGCUCAGAGCCUGGAUCCUGCUUUGGAUUCUGUGUCUUCCGCUCUGCCCCCACCCCACUUGUGCUCUGUCUCUCAAAAAUAAAUAAAUGUAAAAAAAAAAUUUCUUUUAAAGAUUA